AUGGGAGCACUAUUUCGACGAGUUUUACUUGUAGUUAAGUCAGCUCGUGGCCGCCCUUCCUCUAAUAUUCGUACUGAUCAUUUUUAUCCUGCAGAAGAGGAUAAUACAAAUGCCAAUAAUCUUUCUACUCCUUGCCAAAUAUGCAAAUAUUGCAAUAAAGAUGUUGUUGACUUAGUUGAUCGUUUGAAAGAACAUUUGAAUAAAUUUAGUGAUAUAAGUGAAAUUCAAGAAUGUUAUAUUAAGAUAGAUGUUAAUGAUUCUGAAGAUAUUAAUAGUUACAAUGAUAUUAAAUUAAAAAAAUUCAGAAUUAGUUAUGUCGAUAAUGAUGAUGUUGAUAAGUCAUGGAUAGAAAAAAAACUUUAUGGUCAACCUAGGCAUAUGUAUGUUCAGAAUGUGAAUAGUGAAGAUGAAUGUUAUUAUAUUAUAUCAAUGGGUGAAUUUGCUUACUUUUGUAAAAUCGAGCCGAUCAGAGCGAAUGAAAAAAAAAAUUUUCAAACAGAAAUUAAAACAAAAAUUAAAGAUUUAAGAAGUAGAUUAUUAGGAAAUUUUAAAUGUAAAGCAAAUCAUGAUAUUGAAGAUCAUACAGGCAUAACAUUAAGUGCUGAAAACCCAAUAUUAAAAGGAUACUUGAUAAAAAAGUCAAAAAUCAGGUGA